UGUUUCAUUGCACUCCGUACAAGGCAUUCUUGUCAUUCAAGACAUUCAGUGUGGCAGAUUCUCCUUGUUCCUGGUAGUUACACUCUGUAAAGCCCAGAGUGAACACUGAUGAGCAAAUAUGGAAACAUCACCCCUAGGAACAAUACACAGUUAGGUUCCUGCAAGCCGUUGGUCCCAGUAUUUUCAUUAACGAUCAGCAUGUAACCUUGUUUUUAUGUGUGAUCUGUUUAAAGACACCUUGUUCAAUACAUGUUGUGGUUCACUGACACUGAACUGACAGCGGGUGGCAUGUAUCUCACAGCUGAAGGAAGCUUAUCCAGCACACGUAUUUCUCCACAAGGCAGAUCACAACCUUCUUGCUAUUAGGACACUAGGAAAUACUUUGGCACUGUUGGAGCACCAUCUCAAACCACAAAGUCACCAACAUAAAGUGCUUUCGGUGCUGCGAAAAACCUGGCACUGAAAAGACCAUAAAAAGGACACUUGUUUGCAGUCUGAGCUGAAACAAGCAUGCGGAGGUCACCUUGCUCAGCCUCAGCUGGGCACAUGUGUGUCAGCGGCUCAAAUUUUUCACCACCCGGCACAUGCCCGUGGAAGCAGUGUGAUCGCUGACGUGUGGGUUACAAAAAGAUUUAGUAGGUAGGAGAACAUGCAAACACAGCAUCCACGAAUACUGAGAUCAGCUGCAUAGACAAAACAUUAUCACAUCAUCAUGUAAUUAAUAUGAAAAUCGUCAGUGAGAUCGCUUACAUUCUGUUUUACAUGCUAAGUCUUUGCAAUCCAGGGGCCUAUUGUACACUCACAGCACAUCUCAAAUCAAACCGGCCACUUUUUGAGUGCUGAAGAACCGCACAGGGCUAGUGGCUUCUGUGUCUGACAGCUCAAGUUUCUGUAGCUUUCUUCAGAUUCUCAAAGCCACCUACAAACUCAAAAAGUAAAAAUAAAAAAUCAAUGCCAGACACAACCACCUUGGAGAGCUUUGUGGCAGUAUCAAAGAAAGCCAUCCAUUCCGUCUUUCAACCCAGGGAUCCCACCCCCAAGGGGGAUGCCCCCAAGAAAGUGUGAGUUAACCCAAGAAACUCGGCACAAGGAGAUGCAUACUGAGUAUUCUUUGCCCUCCUGCUUAUAAGAGCACAAGACUGGAGGAGCCUAAAACGUCCACCCUCAGAGAACAGAUCUGUACAUCACAGCAUGUUCAUACAUGAGAAUAGUUAACAUCUUUGCAAAGUAAAGAACCUAAAUUCCAUGUAACAAAGCAGAUGAAACUCACAAACACAGGGUUAAGCUUUGAGGACAAAAGCAAGCUGCUGAAGGUCAAGGACAUGAUACUAUUUAUACGCCAUCUGACAACAUGCAAGGCGAUACUUUCUAACAGUCCUGCAUCUGUACAUAUGUAGCAAAGGUAUUUUUUUUUAAAGCAUAAGGAACACCUUCAGAUGGUGAUAGUGGUUACUUCUGGAAGAAAGGGAAGAAUUUGGAGCCCCAGUCCGGCGGUGGCUCUGAAGCUCCUGCGCCGGGACUCGGUCCUGAGGACCACCUUCCUGAGGGAGUUCUGUGUGGGCCGCUGCGUGUCGUCACACCCGGGCCUGCUCCGGACCCUGGUGGGACCCCUGCAGACCCCCCGGCACUUCGCCUUUGCACAGGAGUAUGCGCCCUACGGGGACCUCAGCGGGAUGCUGCAGGAAAGGGGCCUCCCAGAACUGCUGGUGAAGCGUGUGGCGGCCCAGCUGGCCGGAGCCCUGGACUUCCUCCACAGCCGGGGGCUGGUCCAUGCGGACGUCAAGCCAGAUAACGUGUUGGUCUUUGACCCCGUCUGCAGCCGUGUGGCCCUGGGCGACCUGGGCCUGACCCGGCCCGAGGGCAGCCCAACCCCUGCGCCCCCAGUGCCCCUGCCCUCCGCCCCACCCGAGCUCUGCCUCCUGCCGCCGCCUGCCACCCUGCCCCUGCGAGCUGCACUGGACUCCUGGGGCCUCGGGGUGCUUCUCUUCUGCGCCUCCACCGCCUGCUUCCCCUGGGACGUGGCACUGGCCCCUGACCCGGGGUUCGAGGCCUUUGCUGGCUGGAUGGCCGCCAGGCCCCAGCCCCCUCAGCCCCCAGCCCCUUGGCACCAGUUCGCCCCCCCAGCACUGGCAUUGCUCCAGGGGCUUCUGGACCUGGACCCUGACACUAGGAGCGCCCCCCUCACUGUUCUGGACUUCCUGGGGGAUGACUGGGGGUUGGAGGAGAACAGAGAGGGGCCUUGGGGCCUGAGGAGCAUGUCCAGUGAGGAUGGGGAGGAGGCGGAGGGGGGAGCAAGCCUGGAGGAGUGGACGGAGGAGGAGGAGGAGGGGGUUGGAGGCAGAGGCAGGAUGGGGACAGACGGGGGAGCUUCCUGACCAGGUGGCUGAACAGGUGGUGGGUGCCGGGGCCAAAGGCCCUCCCCCAGCCCCACUGCCACCUGGAUGAAGAGACAGCUGCUCCCGGGGAGCCAGAGGAGGGGCACAUUGCAUCUCUGCCUGCUGAAGGCUGGGCACGCAGGCACACCGCGCGGCCCCCCGCAGACCACCUGGGACUCCGGCCCCGCCUCCUCAGACCCAGGGGUCCAGGCCCCCGGCCUCCUCCCUCAAGGAUCCUUCCUAUUCCUUCUGUCCUGAAUGGUUCUUCGUGAAGGAAGGGGCUUUUCUGCUAUAGAUCCAUCUCCGCCGGCAGGGGCUUGAUGAACACUUCUCAGGAGGUCCUGGUGGGUCGUCACUCUUGUCUCCUAAGACCUUGGGUGACUCCCUCUGGCUGGCACCAAAUCUGGGCUUUCAGGAUCCAGCACCAUGGAAACCACCCUCCACCUCACCCGUGUCCCUGAGCUGUGUGCCACCGGGGGCAUCACCUCCUCUGGACCUAAAUGUGCACACGUGCACACGCAUGCACAGGCACACUCGCUUCCUGCCUGCAGACACUUGCGCGUCCUUUGUCCUCCCCCGGCCUCUCCAGGCCUCGUCAGGAAGCUGCAGGAGAGGCGGUGGUGUCUCCACCUUCCAGGGUCUGCUUGCCAGGCUGUCCAGGACGGAUGUGGUCUUUCUCACUCUUGCAUCCUUUCAGGUCUGCCCCCACUUAGCAGGUGGCCUGUGCCAGCUCCAGGCAGUGUGGAACACCAUGGCGUGUGCUCAUCCCGGCUCUGAGGGCCUGCCGACCUGGCCACGCAGAGUGCUGCACUGGUUUGCAGGGGUCUCAGAUCCCCCCGACCAGGCUGGUCACUCCCCCCACCUCCCCCACAGCCCCAGGACCCUGGCCCUGCUGCUCAUGCCCGAGGGCAGGGGCUGUGCGGAUCCCCCCGGGACCCACAUCACAUGCUGUCUAGACUUAGAGAAAUGCUUCUGCAACGUGAUGUCCUGGACUGGACCCCGGGACAGAGAGAGGCUGGUGGUGGGAGCCCUGGUGAGACAGGGGAGCUGAGUUUGACAAUGAGCUUCUCAGUCUGGAUGGAUGAGCUCUCCACUGAGAAGCACCUGGUGGGGAACCGGCCAGGAGAUGAGGGUGCAGUGCCAUCUUUGCAGCUGUUCUGUGAAUCUCGUUAU